UCGCGAUGCAUUAAUACUCACAUCUCUGUACAAAUUAUUGCAUCCGGUCAUAAGUUUGUACAAAUUAAGUUUUUUUGGGAACCUAUCCUCCGCGUCCGACGAGCGGAUGCGAUAAUUUGCCCUGUUCUUUUAGUUCUUCCGGCGGGCCGCGAUGAUAUUCUGGUCUGCCGUUCUCCGCCAUCUCACUUUGUGGAGAGCUCCUAUCGUCUCGGGCGCCAUAGAAAGAGGUGUUAAGGUCCACUGCUCCGCCCUUCUUAAGCACUCCUUGAGUAGCGUCUCAUUCCGGGAAACCCUCGAAUGUAAAUACCCACUUUCCUCCUUCAACUUGGUUAAUUUCUCUUCCAGCCCAAGUAAACCUACUUCCGAUGUUCAUUUCCUUACAAGUACAAAUGAUGAAAACAAAUGCGGUGAGACUGAUCAGGUAGAAGAAAUGCCCGAAGCGUUUCCACUCGAAAUCCAAGUCAAAAGGAUCACGAAUACUGCCGGACUUAUGAGAAACUAUAUUCUGAAGAGCAUUGAUGUUUCAGUUUCCAGGCCCAGUCUUGUGACCGGAGAGGAGCAUGAAAACAAUAUGAGGAUUGGAGAUGAUGAGGAGGAGAGAGACAAUUCAAGGCUGUGCCAAUCUGGCAUUCCACUAACAUUAAAUGAUAGCAAACAACAAAGGGACAGUAUGGAGUUCUGCUGCGCUUCUCGUAAAGAUGAUCUUGCUGGUGCUGGAUCGUUUAUUAGAAAGAACAAGAAAUAUGGCAUGAAAAUUUAUUCAUAUGAAGGGCGUGGUUUCUGGCAAGAAGAGGGGGUAGAAUAUCGUCACAAGCUGAAGCAAAAGGAGAGAUGGCAAGGAGAAAGUUUUCAUCUUCUCAAGAGUCGAGGGCAGCACCUUCUUACCAACCCUCGGGUUCUUGAUUCCAUUAUCCGGAGAGCUAAAGUUUUGCCUACUGAUACUGUUCUUGAGAUUGGUCCCGGCACAGGAAAUCUAACCGUUAGGCUACUUGAGCUUGCCCUAAAGGUUAUUGCUGUUGAGAUUGAUGAGCGAAUGGUUAAUACCCUCCAAAAUCGAGUUGCCAAACUAGGUCUUGAAGACAAACUUGUUGUUAUCACAGGAAAUGUACUCAAGAUGGAGUUACCUCAUUUUGAUCUCUGUGUAUCUAAUAUUCCAUAUGGAAUAUCUUCCCCAUUGAUAGCUAAAAUCUUUCUCAGGUCAUUCAAAUCUUGUUUUCGAAGCGCAAUCCUCUUACUCCAAAAGGAAUUCGCUUGCCGUCUUCUUGCUAAGCCAGGAGAGUCAGAUUUCAACAGGUUAGCUCUGAAUGUGAGAUUGGUGGCAUCAGUUGACUUUCUAAUGAAUGUUAGCAAGAAAGAUUUUGUCCCUUGUCCUAAGGUUGACUCUUCUCUUGUUCAGAUCCAGCCUAAACUGAAAAUACCAGAUAUAAAUCUAGAUGAGUGGCUGGGUUUUACUAGAACAUGCUUUAGUAAGAGAAACAAGACUCUUUCUGCCAUUUUUAAGCAAAAGAAGAAAAUUAUCGAUUUAUAUGAAAACUCACAAUCAAAUAUCAAAAACUGUAAAACUACUGAAAAUGAAGAUCGAGUUGGUGAUUAUGAUCUUGAUGGAACUAAUGAAUCUGAUGAGGGUUCUGCAACCAGCUUAGAGUUGGGGUUACAAAAUUCGACUGAAGUUCUUAGGUUUAAAGAGAAGAUUGUAAGGGUAUUGAAAGAUGGAGGUUUCGGUGAGAAGAGGCCUUCCAAGCUAUCCAAUGAAGAGUUUUUGUGUUUGCUUCAGCUUUUCAACAAAGAGGGUGUAUUCUUCCAUUAAGAACCAAUGGAACUAGUUGGAAAAAAUAAACCUGAAGCAAAGAUUUCUUGAUGCCUAUCACGCUCCAGACUUUUUGGGAUCUAAGGCUAAACUGGAAUUUUUGCCUGCCUGAUGAUCUUAGUAACUAUCUGUGAAUGUGUCACAUAGUUCAAAGAAUUUUUCUACGGUGCGGAGUGAUUGCUGGAGUGUUUGGAGUUACGGUAGCCUCACAACUAUAAGACAGAUACACUAAUGCUACAGUAGAGAUGCGCUACUGCUAUUGCUGUGCAGGCGAUACAUGAAUCAUAUUGGAAGCCAGAAGUCUGUGAUGCAGGUUUGCAAUGAUUGUCAGAUAGUAUGCCUCCUUUGUCCAAUCGGUACAAGGUAAUUUGUCCAAAAUAUUUCUAUCACAAAGAUGCCUCUUGUUUUAUUGGGAAUUGUGUUGAGUUCUUUCACAUGCAUGUACAUAGUUUCUACUUCGGAAUUAGUUUUUUAACCUAUCAUUUUGAUUU